GCUGUCCUUGUGUCAUGGCUGACUUUAAGGAAGCGCCACUGAGCAGCCGGCCCUUGGGCCUGAAUCCCACCGAGUACUUCGGCCUGAGCCCGGAGCAGAGGCGGGUGGAGGAGGAGAGGUUGGCCCUGCGGGCUCAGCUAAAGAGGCGGUACCAGCUGCAGCUCAAUGACCCGCACAGGAAGGCCCUGGUGGAAGAUCCUGCAUUAAACCGCUGGAUGUUCGCCAGGAACCGAAAUAUCUACCCUAACUUCAGGCCUUCCCCCAAGACUUCUCUGCUUGGUUUGGUUUGGGGUGUCGGGCCCUUGUUCUUCUGGUAUUACGUGUUCAAAACAGACAGAGUAAGUGGCCGUCUCUGUUUCAUUGGCGACCAGAUUAUUUGUUAUGAUUUGGUAUCUCUGUAGUGCUGCCAUACUGUAUGAAAUGGAUGCAAGCCUUUAGGGCAAGCAGAGAUCACGGGCAGCACUUGAUUCAGCUGUAUAGUCUAUAAACAUAUGUCACAUGUGAACCUCAUAGAUCUGUAUAUAUGGAUAGGGCCAAAAACUCUGUAAUUGGUAUGGUAAUUGCUGCUUCAAAGCUCAGCUUGUGGGAUUGCUGGGUUUUGGUAUCUGUUUUUCAGUACAGGGCUGGCAUAAGCUAGACAGUAGGUGGCGCUAUUGUAGUUCUUUGUGAGGGUUACAAGGACAUAAAUGUGAAAGGGGGCUCUCUAGUAAUAGGCUGGAGCUCAUGUGCCCAAUCAACACUAGGCAGUGGUUCAGCUGAACACUAACGACACCACCAUGUUGGCAUCAGUGCUGUUGGUGAAACUAGAGUUGUCUUGUCGAAGGGCAUCUGUGCUGAUUCCAUUUCAAUAUUUUAUUCCCACUUCAGUGUGCUUUCUGUUUGUAUACUAACUUGCAUGAAAACCUACACAGAGAAGUCCUCUGCACAUAAACUCUGUAGUCAGUUGAACUGAAGAAGCUGAUCGAUUGAAUAGUGAAAUGUCUUGAAGAUUUACUUUACCCCCAUGGCACUUACAGUUCCCUAUGGGGUCCAAGCCAGACGGGCUACAUGAGUCCAUACUUGCUGAGAGCAGCAGAACUACUCGCUGAACCCUGCAAGUGCUGAGUGCCAUUAGUGAACCCUUUAUUUACCUCCCGAUCAGGAUUACUUGUAACGUCAGGGUUAAGUCUGUAUUUGAGCAGAAAGGGAGACUGCUGCAAGCGAGACUUAACUCAUACUCUGAAUGUAUCUGCAACUUUGGAGGUGUCAUGGCGGCACCCAUAUUUUGCUAUAAAUGUCCCCGUUUCCUUUCACAGGACCGGAAAGAGAAACUUAUCCGAGAGGGCAAACUGGAGAGGCCGUUCCAACUUUCCUCCUGAAGCUCCAGGCGCCAGUGCCUCACUCUGAUUGGUCAGGACUCUGUAAAGUGUGAGAUAUUUCCCCAAAACAAUAAAUAUAUUAUUCACUUGGAAUUACCUGAAUGUGGUGAAUUCAAUAGGCUGCUCUUUAUUUUGCACCUGGGCUCAUCUACAUAUUUCUGCUAAAGGGAAAGUAAACCUUUAACUCCUGUGAUGUAGAGCAGAGGUCCCCAACCUUUUUUGGCCCGGGGACCGUUGUAGAGCCAAAUUUUCUUUGCAAGACAGGGGUCGGCGUCAAAUUCGGGUGAGCUGCAUUGUCCCCUCGGCUUGGCGGCCCAGUUCAAGACUGUCCGCGGCCCGGCGGUUGGGGACCCCUGAUGUAGAGAGUAGUUCUGUCCAACCACAGUAUAAACCUGCCUUCUGAUUGCUGUGAGCUGUGCUGUAAUGUUUCAUUUGGGGUUGGAGUAUUGAAGGGCAUGUGAAUAAGGGUUCUGUUCUGUAACCAAUGAGAAAAUAUUCUGCCACGGUGGAGGGGCAGAUGGAAAAUCCAUCUCUUAAAUAUCAGAUGAGUCUUCGGUCAAGUUUUUCAGGCUUGGACUUUUCAAUAAAAGGUGGCCCAGGCUGGGCAUGCAGGGCAUUUUUGAUGGAAAGUUUAGCCUUCGGUCUCUGAGAAAUUAAGACUUGAGUUCUGGACAAUAACACACUGUUAUUCAACAAAUCUUUAAUAAUGGGCGAAAAGUCUGAAGUUCUCCUGUAACAGGAACCUUUUAUAUCAUUCGUCAAACGGAGUCAUUCCUAUAAUCGGAAGCUGAAGCACUUUUGCACCUGCGCUCGGGCGCUUAAACAGUUACAUUUGUAAAAAAUUCACUUUAGUUUAUUCAUAUGCAAAAAAUGCUUUUAUUUCCAGGAAUGUCCGAUAUCUUCAGAAACCAGGAAUCGGAUUGUGCUGUAAUUAAGUCGCUAGGUUUUUUAGUAUGAAUGUGGCCAUAUUCGGGAUUCGGCCUUUUUCAGCAGGAUUCGGAUUCAGGCCAAUCCUUUUGCCAGGCCGAUCCAAAUCCUAAUUUGCAUAUGCAAAAAACUUUUUACUACCUUGUUUUGUGACAAAAAGUCACGCAAUUUCCCUCCCUGCCCCUAAUUUGCAUAUGCAAAUUAGGAUUCGGUUCGGCCUGGCAGAAGGAUUCGGCCGAAUCCGAAUCCUGCUGAAAAAGGCCGAAUCCCGAACCAAUUCCUGGAUUCAGUGCAUCCCUAAAAUAAACACAUUUAGAAAGUGUUUCUCUUUUAAAAUAAUAAGAAUAUAUUUCAGCAAAUAACGAAACUGCACAUUGUUCUCAUAUAUAAAUUUAAAUUAUUGUGCCCUUUAAAUGGGAAAUAAUGACUGUGACACAGAACUGGACUUAAUAUAAUUCAUGUUUGGGCACUGCUUAUAAUUACAAAUAUAUAUAUA